AUGCGCAGUCAUUCAUGUGGCAUUUCACUAAAAGCUCGAGACGGACGCAACAGUGCGCACGUGCUACAGUGCAUCCGGAACAACCUGCUUGAGUUUAUCACACAACGCGCUCUGUGUGAGGUCUGGAGCUUAAGAGAUAUUGUAAUUGGACCAACCCCUUCAAUUACACUGACGUUUCACUUCAAAGUUCCUAAAUUCAGUUCUCAUGAAGGAACAGAAAAUUGCGUCGUCGUCGAGAUGGAGUCUGUUUGGCUGAGCGCGCGUCUGAUGAAGGCAGUUCUGAUGAUGUGCAUAUGCGCGCUGCCGUUAUGGGGUGAGCAGGGCAGCGGGCGCGUGGACCCGUUGACCCUGAGCCGCGUGGACGCGCAGUGCUGGGACUCUUCAUCGGCUCUUCUGCUGGAGAUGCGCUCACCGCGGAUCACCGACACCGUGCCCGCCUUCUGGGAUCUGAUGAUCGUUCUCAAGUCGUCUGAUAACCGUAAACACAGCGCGCUGUUCUGGGACCUGGCGCAGGUGUUCUGGGACAUCUAUGUGGAGUGCGUUCUGUCCAGGAACCAUGGGCUGGGUCGGCGCCGUACAAUAUAUCCACAACAGCGCAUCACAGCAACGCGCCACACGAAAGAUGAGUCGUUCGUGCAGGAGACCCGGGGUCAAGAGUUUAGUCGUGGCUGGUUGCGCAUACAGGUGGAAGCGCGCAAAACGCAGGAGGGCAGCCUCUCCAAAACCAGCAGCCUUUAA